UUUUUUUUUUUUGAGUAAGAGGAAUAUUGCAUUUUCCAUCUGAACUCAUUGAUUUCUUGAGAUCACGGGAUCACCACAUAGAGUUUUCUCUGGAUGCCAUCUCAGUGUUCACUGGGGAAAGCAGACAGCUGACAUGGGCUUUUAUUAAGUUAUAAGGACAGACGGCACACUAACCAGCCUACAGUAUGUUGUCUAAAUGGGACAUUUAGUAUCUGUCAUUUGAAACUGCUUGAUUAGACCUGACUUCACUGACUGAUGUCAAUGUAGGAUUAACCUUAUGAAGUAAGUUCAUUCCUCUCAAAUUGUUCCAGAUCUGUUUGUUGAGUCAUUAUUUGAAUGAUUUAUACUUUUAAACUCAAAGGUUUAGUUGUCUUAUUAAAUAGUUAGGGCACAAGCAUCACGGUGUGACGGACCCUCUUAGAAUUGCUCUAUUUAUUAUUAUUAAAUAUUGUAUUUGUAGAUAUGUUUGGAAUUGAAAUGUGUCUGAAUAUACAUUUUUAGGCAGUGAUACUAAAAUUAAAGGGAUAAAAGGAUGGUCAUGUAAAUAUUUAAAGCGCAUGGUGAGAUAUCUAGGUUACAUGUAUUGAUUAGACACAAACAGAUGCUGCCAGACCCUCCCCCAUCCCUCACCCUCAUUCAGUCUCAUCUGUACAUAUGGUGGCUUAUAGCAGGACAACAAAGGUAUCAUUCCCAAGCAUGUAUAAUAUUUGCCAGUCAUUUCAGCAUUUCUGCUUGUAAUGGUGUGCCGUUUUGUUCUGCAGGGUGUUUAGUAGAUAAAAACAAAGUUGCCAUGGAUCAGGAUAUGGUGAAUAUGUUUGCCAUUGCUGCAGGGACUCUUGCCAUCCCUCUCCUCCUUUUCAUGGCCUCUUUUAUGCUGUGGCCAUCAUCACUCAUCAAAGUCUAUUACUGGUACUGGAGGAGAACUCUGGGUCUGCAGGUACAUUAUGCAGACUGUGGGGGUUAUCGCUUCUGUUACUCAUACAGGGGGAAACCAGGCCUCAGGCCGUCUGUACUCAUGCUGCACGACUUCUCUGCUCACAAGGACACUUGGCUCCCUAUGGUGAAGUACCUUCCCAAACAUCUCCACUUGCUGUGUGUCGACAUGCCGGGGCAUGAGGGUACAACACGCACCAACACAGAUGACUAUUCAAUCCAGGGCCAGGUCAAGAGAAUACGGCAGUUUGUAGAGGCCAUUCGGCUAAACAGAAAGCCAUUCCAUCUGGUGGGCACUUCAAUGGGUGGGACUGUGGCCGGAGUAUAUGCAGCCUGUCAUCCCUCAGAUCUCUGCGGUUUGACCCUCAUUUGCCCAGCCGGUCUGAAGAACCAAAACGAGAGCAAGUUUGACAGUCAGAUGUGUGAAGUGGAGCACAGCCAGUACACGUUGAAUAUUCCUCUUAUCCCGUCCACACCGGAGGAGAUGGAGGAGAUGCUGAAGCUGUGUUCUCAUGUGCGGUUCAGAGUGCCUCAACAGAUUCUUCAAGGCCUGGUGGAUGUACGGAUACCACACAAUGACUUCUAUUAUGAAGUUUUCAUGGAAAUUAUGAGUGAAAAUUCAAAAUAUGCCUUGCAUGAGCACAUACAGCAAAUAACUACUCCUUUACAAGUCAUCUGGGGCAAACAGGACCAGGUGGUGGAUGCGUCUGGGGCAGCGGUGCUUGCGGAGGCUCUUCCGGGCUGUCGUGUUGAUUUGCUGGAAAACUGCGGUCAUUCUGUUGUGAUGGAGCGACCACGACAAACAGCCAAACUCAUUUUAGAUUUCAUCAUUUCCCAGCAGAGCACAGAGAGUGCCAGCACUAAGAAGAAAUCCUGAGACAUGUCAGGACAUUAGCCAUGUAUUACUAAAUGCUUAAAGGGAUAGUUCACCCAAAAAUGAAAAUUCUCUCAUUAAUCACUCACCCUCAUGUCAUUUUAACACAAAUUAAAGGAGAAGUCCACUUCCAAAACAAAGAUUCACAUAUAAUGUACUCACCCCCUUGUCAUCCCAGAUGUUCAUGUCUUUCUUUCUUCAGUUGGAAAACAUUUCUGGCAUUUUUCUCCAUAUAAUGGACUGAUAUGGUGCCCCGAUAUGGAACUUUCAAAAGGCAGUUUAAAUGCAGCUUCAAACAAUCCCAAAUGCAGUUGUAAACGAUCCCAGCCAAGGAAGAAGCGUCUUAUCUAGCGAAACGAUCGCUUAUUUUCAUUUAAAAAAUACAAUUUAAAUACUUUAUCUCAAACGCUCAUCGUUUGGCAUUAAAAAGUAUAUAAAUUGUAUUAUUUUUAUUAAAAUAACCAAUCUCAUAGCUUCAUAAAUUUAAGGUUGAACCACUGAUGUCACGUGGACUGUUUUAAUGAUGUCUUUACUAACUUUCUGGGCCUUGAACGUGUCAGUUGCAUUGCUGUCUAUGCAGAAAGCUUUCAGAUUUCAUCAAAAAUAUCUUCAUUUGUGUGUUCUGAAGAUGAACAAAGGUCUUACGGGUUCGAAACAACAUGAGGGUGAGUAAUUAAUGACAGACUCCAAAGUAUAUAACAAAUUUAUGGAGAAAUAAUAUAAACAGCAAUAACUUUGCAGUAUGUAUGUUCAUAUGCAAACAGCCUUUUGAUCAAUUAAAGAAAAAGAUCACGCUUAUAAAAAAAAAAGUAUAUGGUAACACUUUACAAUAAGGUUUAAUUUAAUAACGUUAGUUAACUUGAGCUAACAAUAAACAAUACUUAUGCAACAUUUAAUAACCUUAAUGUUCAUUUCAACAUAAUACAUUUUUAAAAUCAAACGUUGUAUAUGCUGACAUUAGUUAAUUGACUGUGUGUGAACUAACCUGAACAACUGUAUUUUUAUCAACUAACAUUAACAAAGAUUAAUAAAUGGUGUAAAAAAUAAUAUUGCACAUUAAUGUUAAUGGAUUAACUAAUAUUUACCAAUAAGAUCUUGUUGUAAAGUAUACAGAUGGUAGAGAUAUGGCAUCAAAUGGUAAUACUUUCAUAUAUACCAUGGUACUGAUUAUAAUUUACCAAUGCACUUCAUUCUAUAGGUCUUAGUAAUUCUGAGUCCUAUAAUUUUAUAUAGCACUGAGAACCGUAAGUCCAGUUUAUGUUAUUUAAAUAUUUUUGCCAAUAAAAUAUAACAAACUAUUUGUUUCAGGUGGAGGUGAUGAUGGAUUUAAAUAUUAAAAUAAGGAUUAAAACAUUAAUAUUGCUUGCACUAUGCUAAGCACAGUGUGUGGAGUUAUUAGACAUAGGCUACGUUGUAUAUAACGUUUAUUAAUUAUAUAUAAGUUAAUCCUAGAUUAAUCUUGAUGGAGUUACUGUGUGCUUCUAGCAUCAUUCCCGCCUGUCAGUACAGUAGUUACAGCUAUGGUACAUGUCCAAUAAACUAUGAUUUCCUAUGUCCAAAAAUGUUCUGGUUCUUUCUUGUUGGUGAAAUUCUAUCAAUAAAUAACACU